AGGGGAGGGGCUCUGUACCUUGACGACAACUGUUCACCAAACCGAAAGUGACAGACAGCCAUCGACGUUUAGCUGGACAGGAUUAAGAAUGAAAAUCUGAGAAUUACCAGAGUGAUAGCAUUUCACACUAUGGAAGAAAAGAAGAAAUGCAGAACAGCAUCUUCGCAACCCAGCUGCAUAUCUAUGAAGAGAACUUACUCCAUGCAUCAACCUCCUGAAUGUAGUGAUGAAUCUGUGACCUUUCACCCCAGGAAGCGGUUUACCACAGCAUCUUCAGAACCCAGCUGCAUAUCUAUGAAGAGCACUGGCUCCAUUCAGCAACCUCCUGAAUUAAGUGAUGAAUCUGUGAUCUUUGACCCCAGGAAGCGGUUUACCACAGCAUCUUCAGAACCCAGCUGCAUAUCUAUGAAGGGCAAUGACUCCAUGCAUCAACCUCCUGAAUUAUGUGAUAGACCAGUGGCUUCUGACCCCAGUGUGGAAAGAGAUGCUCAGUCCAAAUGUGGAUUAUCCAGUUUCACUGACACUGCUAAUGACUAUGAGUUUUCAUCUUUUGAUGCACUUAAGAAGAAACAGAAAACAAACAUGAAGAGAAAGUAUGAGAGCUUAUUUGAGGGAGAUCAAAUACAAAGAAAAAAAACCUUCCUGAACAGCAUUUACACACAGCUCUACAUCAUAGAUGGGGAGAGUGAAAGGGUUAAUGAAGAACAUGAGAUCUUACAGAUAGAGAAAAGUUACACAACGCUCCAAAAGACUCAAAUCAAUUGCAAUGAUAUAUUACAACCACUACCAGGGUAUGAGAAUCAGACAAAAGACAAAGUGAAGACUGUUCUUACUAGCGGCAUCGCUGGAAUUGGAAAAUCAGUCUCUGUGCAAAAGUUCAUUUUGGACUGGGCAGAAGGAAAAGCCAAUCAGGAUGUAGAGCUCAUGUUUGUGCUUUCAUUUCGAGAGCUGAACUUGUUUAAAGAUGACCGAUACAGUCUUUACAAACUUCUGGUGGACUUUCAUCCUGAACUUCAAGAUCUGGACUCAAAGAUUCUCGAGGAGUGUAAAGUUGUGGUUAUCUUAGACGGUCUGGAUGAAAGCAGAAUUACACUGAUGUUUUCAGAAAAUGAGAGUGUUUCUGACGUGAAUGAGUCUUCAUCAGUGGGUGUGUUGAUGUCUAAUCUCAUCAGAGGAGAGCUGCUUCCCAAUGCUCUCAUCUGGAUCACCUCCAGACCAGCAGCAGCCAGUCGGAUCCCCUCCAAAUACAUCAACCGUCUGACAGAAAUUGAGGGAUUCAAUGACUCUCAGAAGGAGGAAUACUUCAGAAAGAGAAUCAGUGAUGAGCAUCAAGCCAGCAGAAUCAUCUCACACAUUAAAAGAUUAAGAAGCCUCCACAUCAUGUGUCACAUACCUGUCUUCUGCUGGAUCUCAUCCACUGUCCUUCAAAACCUCCUGAAACAAGAUGAGGGUGCAGAAAUCCCUAAAACUCUGACUGAGAUGUACAUCCACUUCCUGCUGACUCAGAUGAACAUGAGGAACCAGAAGUAUGAGGAGAGAUCCAGUGAGAGAAAUCCAGAGGAACUCCUGCAGUCCAACAAAGACAAGAUUGUGAAACUUGCUGGACUUGCUUUCAAGCAGCUGAUGAAGGGCAAUGUGAUGUUCUAUGAGGAGGACCUGAUUGAGAGCGGCAUAGAUGCCAUUGACAUCACAGUGUAUUCUGGGAUUUGCACCGAGAUCUUUAAGGAGGAAUCUGUGAUUCAUCAGAGAAAAAUCUACUGCUUUAUACAUCUGAGCUUUCAGGAGUUUCUUGCUGCGUUUUAUGUUUUCUACAGCUUUACAAAUGACACUCCAGAUGCAACUAAAGUGUUUGAUUUGCUCCCAAAUUUCCAUAUAGGAGCGAUAGAUGUGGCUCUUCGGAGUGAGAAUGGACACCUGGAUCUUUUCCUGCGGUUUCUGCUGGGGAUCUCACUGGAGUCCAAUCAGAGACUCCUACAGGGUCUGCUGACACACACCGAGAAGAGCUCUGAGAGCAUCAGGACAACCACAGCUUACAUUAAAGACAAGAUCAAACAGGAACAGGGUCUUUCGGCUGACAGAUCCAUCAACCUUCUUCUCUGUCUGCUGGAGAUGAACGAUCAGACUCUGGUUAAAGAGAUCCAGGAGUUUAUGAAAUCAGAUGAAGACUCACAGAAUAAACUCUCUCCGUCUCACUGCUCAGCGAUCGCCUACAUGCUCCAGAUGUCAGACGAAGCUCUAGAGGAGCUGGACCUCAUGAAAUACAACACAUCAGAUGAGGGCAGAAGGAGACUGGUACCAGCUGUGAUGAACUGCAGAAAAGCAAAAUUCAACAGAUGUAAUCUUACAGAUCAGUGCUAUAAAAUUGUGACAUCAGCUCUACAGUUAACCAAUUCACCCCUGAUAGAGCUGGACCUGAGUAACAAUGACCUGCAGGACGCUGGUGUGGAGCUCAUCUGUGCCGGACUGAAGAGUCCAAACUGUCGGCUGGAGAUACUGAGGUUAUCUGGGUGUAUGGUGACAGAGAAAGGCUGUUAUCAUCUGGUUUCUGCUCUUGAUUCAGACACUUCACACUUAAGAGAGCUGGAUCUGAGCUACAAUCACCCAGGAGAAGCAGGAGUCCAGAUGUUUUCUGCUUUGUUAAAAAAUCUAGAUCGCAAACUGGAAAAACUCAACUUAGACCACUGUGGAGAAUCCAGGAUCAAACCAGGACUACAAAAAUAUUUCUGUAAACUCACGCUGGACCCAAACACGGCAAACUGUCAUCUCGCUCUGUCUGAGGAGAACAGAAAGGCAAUACGUGUGGAAGAUAAGCAGCCAUAUCCUGAUCAUCCAGACAGAUUUGAGAACCAGGAGCAGGUUCUGUGUAGAGAAACUCUGUCUGAACGCUCUUACUGGGAGUUCGAAUGGAGCGGGGGGGCUUAUGCUGCAGUGACGUAUAAAGGAGGAAGUGAUCGUAGAUUAGGGUGGAAUGAUAGGUUCUGGAGUCUUUUCUGUACCCCUGAUAGAUUCAGUGCUUGGCACAAUAAUGAGAACAGAGACAUACAUGUCCAGUCAGACCCUUAUUUCAGGAGAGUAGGUGUGUAUGUGGAUAGGCCAGCCGGCACUCUAUCCUUCUACGGUGUCUCCGACACACACACACUCACACACAUACACACGUUCAACACCACGUUUACUGAACCUCUCUAUGCUGGGUUUGCAGUUUAUGGUUCGGUGCUUCUGUUAGAGUGAACUGUCUCCUGUUAUUUACAGUACAGACAGUCUGUUUUCAUCUAGACUACACUCGCUGUAACAGCAGCACUGCUUUAUAGUGUGAUGCCAGCUCCCAUGCCUGUGUCAAACUUAGUCAGGGACCAGAUUUAACUCCUAUGAGCAAUUCUUGAAACCUUUUGAAGAAGAACCCAAAUGUGCUAUUUAUUUGAAGAGUUUUUUUUAGGAACAUCUCAUAUUUCACUUUUAAAAAGAAAAUGACAGUCUUCGGCAAUAUCUGAUUGAAUAAAUGGCGCUUCUUGCUGAGCUCUCACUGAUUGUCUCAAUGAACAAUACUCCAAAAGCCGUCUCUUAGAGCUACCUGCAGAUUAUCAUAGUUAUUAUAAGCAUGCAAACUAUUUUCUGAAUACAGCUAAAAACACUAAUCCUGUAGUGUGAGACCUGCUUUACUAGAUGAGAUGCAUUUACUCGCUGCUAAAAUUCAUCACGCAAACACUAAACAGCACUGCGAGAUCCAGUGUGAAACAAGGGCUGUGCAAAAAAUCGAAUGCGAUUUUCUUGCACAUCUC